AUGGACAUGAACAUGGUCCCCAUCCAGACCUUCAAGAACUAUCCAUUUGUUUUGGCCAUGGCUUUUGCUAUUGAGAUCAACAAAAACCCUGAUCUUUUGCAUAACUUGACUCUCGGACUUGAUAUCUAUGUGUUCACUUCAGAGCUUGGACAAUGCUUAAGAAUCCCUUCAUUUGGCUCUUUGGAAAAUACAAGAUUCCAAACUACUCCUAUGGCUCCAAAGGACACAUCAAUAGCCAAUGCCAUGGUCUCUUUUCUGUUUCACUUCAGCUGGAACUGGGUGGGACUGUUGACCUCACAAGAUGAGAAUGGUGCAUGGGUUCUUGCUGAAUUAAAAGAAGAGAAGGUCAAGAAAAGACUGCACUCUUUUCUGAAGAACAUCCAGUUUUACAGUUCUACUGGAGACCAAGUGAUUUGGGAUAAGAAAAGGAAAUUGGAGCCAGAGUAUGAUAUUCUGAACAUUUGGGAUUUUCCAUCAGGUCUUGAACUUGCAGUGAAAAUAGGAAUGUUUUCUCCAUAUGCUCCACAUGGCAAUCGACUGUCUUUAUCUGAAGAUUUGAUAGAGUGGGUCAUUCAAACUACAGAGACUCCUCACUCUAUCUGCAGUGAGAAUUGUGGGACUGGAUUCAGGAAAUCUCCUCAGGAAGGAAAGGCUGCCUGUUGUUUUGAUUGUACCCCUUGCCCAGAGAAUGAGAUUGCUAAUGGGACAGAAAUGCAGCAAUGUAUGAAGUGUCCAGAACAUAAGUAUGCCAACACACACAGGAUUCAAUGCCUCCUGAGAGCUGUAAGUUUCCUGGCCUUUGGAGAUCCCUUGGGCAUGGCUCUGGCCUGUUUGUCUAUGCUAACUGCUGUUGUUCUUGGGAUGUUUGUGAAACAUCAAGACACUGCCAUUGUCAAGGCCAAUAACCAGACUCUCAGCUACAUCUUGCUCAUCUCCCUCAUCUUCUGUUUCCUCUGUUCCUUGCUCUUUCUUGGACAUCCCAAAGUCACCUGCAUCCUACAGCAGGUCACUUUUGGGAUUGUGUUCACUGUGGCUGUAUCCACAGUGUUGGCCAAAACAGUGACUGUGGCUCUGGCCUUCAAGGCCACUUCUCCAGGGAGAAGGAUGAGGUGGCUGCUGGUAUCAGGGGCUCCUAACCUCAUCAUCCUCCUCUGCACCUUUGUCCAGGUGACUCUCUGUGGACUCUGGCUGGCAAACUCCCUUCCCUUUGUGGACACAGAUGCGCAGUUUGAACAUGGCCACAUCAUCAUCCUGUGCAACAUGGGCUCCCUCACUGCCUUCUACUGUGUCCUGGGAUACCUGGGAUCCCUGGCCAUGACCAGCUUCACUGUGGCUUUUCUGGCCAGGAACCUGCCUGACACCUUCAAUGAAGCCAAGUUCCUGACCUUCAGCAUGCUGGUGUUCUGCAGUGUGUGGCUCACCUUCCUGACUGUCUACCACAGUGCCCAGGGGAAGGUCAUGGUGACUGUGGAGGUCUUCUCCAUCUUGGCCUCUGGGGCAGGGGUUCUAGGCUGCAUUUUUGCCCCCAAAUGUUACAUCUUGUUAGUGCCCAAUAGAAAUUCUCUGCAUGGUUUCAGGGAUAAAAUUCAUAGUAGGAGACAUUAG